AUGUUUUCAAGGUCGGGUUUCUUCUUCACGAGGAACUCUUCAAUCUUACGUUCGCUCGCUCGACAUCCCGGCUGCAAUCAGUCGAUAUGCGCUCGGCCAUCAUCUCGCUACUUUGCCAGGACCAAUUUAUGGAAACUUUUCAACGCAGUAAAGUCCAGGAGACUGUACUCUUCAGUUGCCCAGCUGUCAACACCAGCACCAGCGAAAGCAAUCUCAACGUCGUCGUCCAUUAAGACCGCCGCACGGUUGCCGCCGCCGCCGGUUGUACCCCCCAAAUCUGUGGGAUACUGGCUCGUGGGGACAUCCACUUUGAUAUUCGGUAUUGUCGUCUUGGGAGGGCUCACGAGAUUGACUGAGUCCGGGUUGUCAAUAACAGAAUGGAAGCCCGUGACAGGUGCGCUCCCUCCCAUGAAUGAGCAGGACUGGAUCGAUGAGUUCAACAAGUACCAAGACUCGCCCGAGUUUAAACAAUUGAACUCGCAUUUAACCCUCGAGGAGUUCAAAUUCAUCUUUUUCAUGGAGUGGAGCCACAGAUUGGUUGGAAGAGGCAUCGGCCUCUUUUUCAUCUUGCCUGCGAUUGUCUUUUGGACCAGAAACAAGUUCACGCCGAGAUUGACGAGAAGAGUCGUGGGCUUGACGGGGUUGUUGGGGCUCCAAGGUGCCAUUGGUUGGUGGAUGGUCAAAUCCGGCUUGGACGAGGAGCAACUAGCUGAACGGAAAUCGAAACCUACAGUGUCGCAGUACAGGUUGACCACGCAUUUAGGAGCUGCGUUCUUGAUGUACCUUGGAGUACUAUACACGGCGUUUGAGAUAUUAAACGAAAACAAGCUCAUCAAGAUGGUUCAAACGGGUAAAGAAAAUGUCGCGCAAAAGGUUAUGGCGCAAUUGGAGAGUCCCGCUUUGAAAAGGACAAAAAUUAUCGCUGCCGGCCUUUUAGCAUUGACGUUUGUCACUGCCAUGUCCGGCGGAAUGGUUGCUGGAUUGGACGCGGGACUCAUCUACAACACGUUCCCGCACAUGGGCGACGACUGGAUCCCGCACCCGAACGAGUUAAUGUCGCCGAUGUUUGCCAGAAAAGAAGAUUUGUCAGAUUUGUGGUGGAGAAACUGUCUUGAGAACCCAACAACUGUGCAAUUGAUACAUCGAAUUUUGGCAACGUCCACCUUCUUUGCGAUAUUUGCUGGUCAUAUGUAUUGCAAUAGGCAAAAAGCCAUCAUCCCGCGUGCAGCUAAUAAUCUGAUGAAGACAAUGAUGGGAUUUGUAACGUUGCAAGUUGCAUUGGGCAUCACGACGUUGAUUUACUUAGUUCCCAUCCCACUAGCUGCAGCUCACCAGGCUGGUGCAUUGGCAUUGUUGACGACAGCGUUGGCCUUCACUGCGAAAUUGAAAAAGCCGAGACCAGAGUUUGUCGCUUACAUAAACAAGUUGAUGAAGGAUAAGUUGAUCAAGGCAACACGUUAA